AUGGAUAUGGAGAAAAAGCCACCAGUGAGCGCUUUACAAGCAGAUGAGCAUCGUUUUGCUAUUAUCCUUGGAGCCGGCGCUGCAGGUAUUAUUCAAGGAUGCUCGUUCAUUCGUGAAAAAGUUCUUCCUUUGGAGGAAUUUCAUAUAUUGGAUCGGAAUGGUGCAUAUGGUGGUGUGUGGUGGAGGAAUACGUAUCCGGGAGCUGCAUGUGAUAUCCCUAGUCACGAGUAUCAGAUUAGUUGGGCUUUGAAUCCUUACUGGAGUAGGACUUUUGCUCCACAACCAGAGAUUCGGGAGUACUUCGAGAGUGUAGCCUUGCGAUACCAUCUGGACAAAUCUACAACUUUCAACACCGAAAUCGUCGGUGCCACGUGGGAUGACUCUCGGUUAUUGUGGCUUGUUGAGACCAUAGAUCUUAAAACCGAUACUAGAAAGAUAUGGAGUUGUCAUGUGUUAAUUAGCGCCGCGGGAGCUUUCACCGUACCAAAAAAGGCCAAUGUACCCGGUAUUGAUACAUUUAAAGGCGAACAGUGGCAUUCCAUAGAUUGGCCAAAAAAAGCCGAUUUAAGAGACAAGACAGUUGCUGUGAUUGGAACAGGACCUUCCGCUUGUCAAUUUAUUCCAAAUAUCUAUCCGGAUGAUGAGAUUUUGCGCAAACGGAUAUUUAAUCCAAAUUCAUGGCUUCACAAACAGGUAAUUGCCAUGACUAAAAAACAUCUCUACAACCAAGUCAAAGAUGAAACUCUACGCCAGAAACUAGAGUCUAAUGAUGUAUUUGGAUGCAAACGUCCAAUGAUUCUCGAUAACUACUUUCCCAUCUUCUCGAAUGAUAAUGUAGAACUUGUCACGGAUUCCGUCACAGAAAUCACAGAAGAGGGAAUCAUUUCUAUGGACGCUAAAACCGGCGACGAAACAGAAAGAAAGACAGAUGUAUUGAUUUGGGGUACUGGCUACAAUCCCGUAGAUUUCGGACUUCCAGUUCCAACACGAGGACGAACCGGUCAACUAUUAGCUGAAAAAUACCAACCUGAAUUACAAUCCCUCUACGUAGACGAUUUCCCAAACUACUUCAACUUCCUCGGACCCAAUUCCUCCUCAUUCGAAACCAGCGUAAUGGAGCUCUUCGAACUUCAAGCCCAUCACACGUGUCUCGUUACCGAAUUUCUAUUCAAGAAAAACGUCGGCAGUUUCCGUUAUGCUAUUAUGCCCAAAGAAGAACGUGUUACAGAAUGGACCUUAUCCUUACGACCCGGACAGGCAAAAUUACCUCCUGCUAAUCCAUUGUGUAGGAGUUAUUAUAGGGACAUGUGUAUCGAUUUCCGUAUCCGUAUUGGAUAUACAAGGCUUUGA